AUGGCCACCACUCUCGUGUAUCAGCAUUCCCUGGUGGUCGACAUCGCCCAUCAGCUCUAUCAAAGGUCUAUGUCCAAGGAUAAGCGUUCACCAGAUCAGCCGGCACCCUUCAAGGGCGAAUUCUCCUUCGUCAACAAGGAUGCUGGCAACAUUGACUCCAAAGAUCACAAUGCCGCUGUAUCCUGGCAUGUGAUGAACCGCUACGAGCGAUGGAAGAAGCAGGAGCAAGCGAAAAAGCUACGAGCUUCUGCCAAUGUUCCCGUGGGGCCACUCUCCCCUCCUUCACAACAGCCACAACAGUCGCAAACCCCGCUGCCGACGGCGCAGCAGCUGCUGCUGCAAUCGCACCCGCAACCACAGUCUGUACGUCAAGUUUCAUUUGAGAAUCCUAACAAGAGGGCCCGGUUGACACGCACCACGCAGUCCAGAGCUAUUACCCUGGCCACUCCGUUCGGGUUUGACCCAUGGAUGACCGAGCAGCCCCUUCAGCUUGGCUAUCCAGGAAUCAGCUCUGGUCAGGCGUCAAGUAGCGGACUGCAAACGUCGACUACGUCGACGCCGUCCACGCACUCGAGCAUGAUUGAAGAUGAUCUUGGGUCAGUGCUGAGCUCUAUCACCAAGCCACUGAACUCGAGUGCAAGCCCAUUCGAAGCAGCUUCCCUAGCCAUGACUCCACUGGUGAACAACCUCAUAGGCUUCGCAUACGAAGUCUUCAUCCCUCAAAGCUGGCCCAGGGAAUCAGACAAGGACGAGGGUUCAUACGAGGUCGCCAGGAGCUGGGAGGAUGCAGCUCUAAUCAACCAGGAUGUUUGCUAUGCCAAUGCGUAUCUGAGCCUUCUUGCAGCUGCGAUGGGCGUACUGACUGAAGAUGAAAGUCUGGCAUAUCAAUCCCGAUAUUUUCAGGGGCAGGCUAUGGCAGAGUUGAGGCAGCGGGUGGCUCGGCCUGGCUCGCAGGAUCUGGCAACCCUCAAAGCCAUUCUGAAGCUCUUCUCGUCCGAAACUCUAGUUGACAACACCUCGGUGGCACGCAUGCAUCUCAAAAUGCUGCGGAAUCUCGUCAACGCAGCCGGCGGAGUGAUUUUGAUGGAUGCGUGGUUUCGCGAGGACCUUCUCUCCUGCGAUUGCUACUUUGCACUCAAGUAUGAAACUCGCCCCCUUUUUCCCGCCUCGGAAUGGACACCCGGGCCCCUAAGUCAGCCAUGGAAGGCGCGGUUGCUAUCGGCAGGGGUUUUCGGAGAUCACGCCGCCACGAUCGAUCCGCUGGUCGAGCAUCCUAUCAUGAAAGCGGUGAUUACUGACUUGCGAGAACUUUUCAAAGCGCAAGAGUACACCCAAAUCCAUGAUGUCCCGAGCGACGACCAGCUGCUGAGAUGGAAACAACUACGCAAGUUCGACUGCAUCUCCCGUCUAGCAGAUCACUACGUGAAUGUAGCGAUAUACCCUCACCUGUUCCAGCGACCACUGACCCAGGCUUAUAUGUGCAUUGCGAUGGCGUUGAUGACUGCCAUGGUCUUGGGUUCUCCGGAACCGGUGCGAUUUGGGCUCAAGCUCAUUACUGACCUGCGCAGGAAGCUCACCGACAGCGCGUCAGAGGAUAACGCUACGCAGUUCCGCCGGCUUCGACUGUGGGCACUGUACGUGGGAUCUUUGGCGGAAAGGGUGCACCCCGUCAGCAGCGCUGCGGACGAGGGGUGGUUCCACGAAGAGUAUCAGAGUCUAGCCAGCGGCAUGGGCGUGGCUGGGUGGGACGACACCAAGAAAGUGGUUAGGCAAUUCCUGUUCUCGGACAAACUUCAUCAAGAGAUCGAAUCUGGGAGAGCCCAUCGGAUGGUCGAUGCCAGGCAAGGACUUUACUCUGCGUCUGGCUGCAGCUGGCGAGAGCCAUGGUCAGACACGAAUCUGGUCGGCCCGGAAGCCGACGAGCAUGUUGGCGGGUCGGCGUCUGCAGGCAAACGGCGAGCAGACGCUGAUUAA